AUGGCAAGAACUAAAUAGACUGCAAGAAAGAGUACUGCUGGUAAUAAGAAACCAACUAAACAUUUGGCCACUAAGGCUGCCAGAAAGACUGCCCCAGCUGUUGGAGCAGCAGGAGGAUUGAAGAAACCACACAAAUUUAGACCAGGAACAGUGGCCUUGAGAGAAAUCCGUAAAUAUUAGAAAUCAACUGAAUUGUUGAUUAGAAAACUACCCUUCCAAAGAUUAGUUAGAGAGAUUGCUCAUGAGUUCUAGAAAGAACUAAGAUUCUAAAGUUCAGCAGUAUUGGCACUUUAAGAAGCAGCUGAAGCCUACUUAGUAGGAUUAUUUGAAGACACAAAUUUGUGCGCAAUCCAUGCUAGAAGAGUCACAAUAAUGUCCAGAGACAUCCAGUUAGCUAGAAGAAUAAGAGGCGAGAGAUUUUGAUAUUCUUACAAAAUUUAAC